AUGAAUAAACUAAAAGGAUGUGGUGGUCGUGAAGCGAUUACAAAAGAAAUCAUUUCGCACGCUUUACUCACAAAUCAGAUUUACUUAAAUGGUGAAAAACAAGAACGUGUCUGUGUAAAAUUCAAGCAACGAAAAUUUGAUGAAAAGUCUAGAUCGUUGAUUUUUAUUUCUCGCUUCAAUCAACUUUUGAAACCUGAAACUCAUCGCAUCGUUUUCAAGUGUUUGUUUGUUCAUAGAAGCGUACAGGUGCAAUGA